AUGACAUCAGAACUCCCCUCAUUGUCUGGAAAAGUGUGCAUUGUGACAGGAGCAUCUCGGGGUAUUGGUAAAGGUAUUGCCUUGAUAUUGGCCAAGGCAGGAGCCACUGUGUAUAUUACAGGUCAGUUUGACUUUUCAGGAAAUUGUCUUAUGGUUUGAUAAAUCCUCUGUUAAAGGCUCCUCUCUGAAAGUCAAAGAUGCUGAAAGGUGUGUACUCCUGGAACAUUUUGGCCAUUUGCAGCAUUGUUCCCUGAAUCCCUUACCCUAUCAUCAUAAUAUAUUUAUCAAAACAUAAUGUGAUUUCUCCUACCCUGUUUCAGACUUGACCUGCCUUUCCAAAAAGACAUUAUUUUAAUUAGUCAAGCUUGCUUAGCAGCAAGACUGUAAAAAUGCAAGCAUUUCUUUUUUGUUUUUUGUGUGUCCUCGCCGAAUAAGGAUCACGGUCCCAGGUGUUACAAGCAGAGAUCGUGGAAAUUGGGGAUUAGAAUGGUGAUGUGUCCGACAACAUAUUACUCGGAGUACCAUACAUGUUUUGUGAAGAAAGCUUAGGAGAGAUUAAUGGGAAAGAUGUCAAAAUUUUCCAGAAUGGGUGGGUCCAUGAAUCCUAUUGCUUGAAAGCAUUGAUUGCAUUGGAACAAGUGAAUACUUUAGAGGUCGGACAAAAAAAAAGAAAAUUCUGGGAGUAUUCCCCCCUGUUCACGAAAACAAUUAGCACCAAAAUAUAGAGAUGUUAGGUUUAAUGUUACUGACUCCCCCCCUUCCCACCAAGAAAGCUGGUCAAGUGCCAUAUUGUUAAUGUUUGUGAAGUUAUAUCAGCCAUAUAAUGACUAGACUUUGUCCUACUAAGCUAACGAAAAGUUAUUUGUUAUUAGCGACUUCCAUUUGUACUGAUAUUUAUUUUUUUUUUUAGCUCUGCCCACAUUUUGCUACUGUAGGGUGGAUUUAAGGUUAUUUUAAGGGGGUGGGGGGGGUGGUUAAAGUUUCACUAAGCUGAAACUGUGAAUUGACUUAAUAUUUCUAAAUUUAAGUAGACAUGACAAAAACCAACAUACUUGUCCAAUACUCUGAUAAAUUUAAGCUUGGCUUUGUUAAAUUUCUCAUUUCUUGCCUCGUUCUUUAUUGUUAUGCUUUUGUACAGUAUCAAAAUUUGUGAAGACAAUACAUUACAAUGCCAUGCAUAAAUUUGUUGGAGUAUUGGACAACCCUUAAAACCUAGGGAAAAUUAACUACACAAAAAUUAGCUAUUAAUUUAAUGACUUUCUAGUGAUUAAAAGACUCUUUCUAAGGGCUAAUAAUGAUUUCCUGGGGGUGUUACCCCCAGACCGGGCCCCUAGAUAUUCCCACUUUCAGCAGACAUUUUGGGGGCCCCUAAAAAAUAAAUCCUAGAUCUGCCCCAGAUAUGUAUGAACAUGUAGUUUGUAAAAGUAGUAUUUUUUUUGGUAGGAAGGACUCUUGAAGCCACAGAGGGUAAGCCUGGGUCACUGCGGCAAACAGCUGAGGAGGUAUUCAGAUUACAUUCUGUAGCUUUUGCAAUUGUCUUUUCAUACUCGCUCAAUACCAGAAAAUUCUGGCCUUAAUUUUAAUGUUGAAGUUACUCAGCAAGGCUGCAAAGAGGGGCUGCUCAGAAAGGAUUUGUUCAGGUCACCUUACAUGUAGUUGGACAAACCAGAAGAGUGAGCCUUUCUAUGGGUAUACCUGUGGAUGUCAUUUUUGUCAAACAUUUUCCAUCAAAUCGUCAGUUUUUUUCAACAAAAUUGUCGUGUAUGAAGAAUGGUUAAAUUGCAUGGUAACGCUAAGGACUAGCACUCUCAAAAAUGAGAAACCAUGACAAUGACAAAGGAAACUGUAACAGGUUUAAUCAGCGUAACAAAAACUCUGAACGUAACCUGCUGUAGCACACUUUUUGGAAGAUUUCUCUGCUUUCAUCGCACAACUGUUAUAUGUUGUCAAAUUUUGCCAGAAUGCAAAUGUGGUCGUAGUUUUAAUCUCUAAGAACAACAUCUUAGAAUCCUUGUUUGAUCAAUAGUGAUACUUGCGACUCAGUUUUUGUCCGAAUUACCCAUGGAGAGGUUAAUUGUUGGGCAUAAAGUAUAUGUUGUAGUUAAUUUUUUAUCUCAGGUAAUUUUUGUUUUUCUUUUGUUUUUGGGUAUGGUAAUGUAUGCUAACGAAGUUGAAACAAAGGAAAAAUAAAAAUUACCUGAGAUAAAAAAUUAACUACAACAUAUAUAUAUCAUGUUGACUAUUCAGUUAAAAACUUAAGCUUCAAAAGGACAGUCUUUGGUAUAAAAUGUGAGCUGUCCAGUCAUCACUUUUCUAUGGGUACUUUUAGAAUAGUAAAGAAACAGUACAAUUUAAAUCAAUGAGCAACAUUCAAUGUUAAAAUUUGCAGUUAAACCAUUCGCUGAAAUGUAGUGGCUCACAGGAAAACAACUGUAGAUGGAAUGAUUUAUACAACUGAUUACUUUUCUGUUGUUAUAUUUUCUUAGAAGUCAAUUUUAUGUUCAUCCUGCAAGAAUUCUUAUGAACCAGUGAUUAAUUUUUUUAGAUAGGGCAAGAGAGUUCUGGACAGUGUAUACCAGUUAAGUGUGACCAUGGAAAUGAUGAAGAAGUCCAAAAGUUGUUUGAUCAAGUCAACAAAGAACAAAAUGGACGAUUGGAUAUCCUUGUCAACAAUGCCUUCAGUGGAGUGAAGGUAUAGACUUUUAAAUUAACAAAUAAAUGAUAAGUUAAUAAAUAAAUAAAUACAUGUACCAUUUGAACUGGUAGCACAUCCAAAAUAUUUUAGGGUUCGUACUCCUUUGAGCUCUUCAAAUUCCUUGACUUCCCAUGACUUUUUCCAUGACCUUAGCUUUAGCUCUCAUUUUAAAAUAUUUUCAAGACUUUCCUUGUUUCGGGGAUAUUUUUUGACCUUACUCAAUUCAACAGAUACAAACUGUUUGUCCACCAAAAAUGCGUGCCGUUUAGUUACUCAUCUCAAUCUUACAUUGUCCAUACUUUGACAUUCUACAGUAACUAAUUCACCAAACAUAACUUUUAUUUUCCAUGACUUUCCAGGACCAACAAUUAAAUUCCAUGACUUUUCCAGGCCUGGAAAAAAAUGAAGUUCUUAAAUUUUAUGGCUUUCCAGGUUUUCCAUGACUGAACCGUACGAACCCUGCAAUGUGUUUCUUUAUCCUCCUUUCUGAUUUACCGGUAACAUUGCAGAGUAGAUAUAAAAAAUGUUGUCUUGUUUCCAUUGCAGAGACCUCAUUCACCCAAAAAGGCCACAUGUGAAUUAAGUUUGCUGUUACUUUCUCCUCCUAGCCUGCGAGCAAGUUCUCCUGGGGCAAUCUGGCGGUGGGGCAAAAAAGGAGAGAGGUUUGAAAGGUUUCAGGCCAAAAAAGGAGUCUCGCCUUUCAGCCUGUAAGCAAGUUCUCCCGCGGGAACAUAACAUCAUUGCCUCAUUAAAAAUCAACCAAUCAGCAUUUCGCAUCCCAUUCUGGGACGCAGAUAUUCAAUUUUAUGAGAUGCGAGUGCAAACUCCCCUUUCCCUUUUCCCUCUCCCAUCCCCGUACCCCCGGAAACCCCAGGAGAGCUUGCUCGCAGGCUAGGAGGAGAAAGUAACAGCAAAUUUAAUUCACAUGUGACCUUUUUGGGUGAAUGAGGUCUCUGCAAUGGAAACAAGACGACAUUUUUUAAGGGAGAGGUGGGGGGUUGUUCUGGGCCUGUAGGCCUUUUUUUCAUUUUCGCGGCACUGAAACCGGAACCCGCACUUGAAAAGUGUCUGGCAUCGUAUGCUUAUAGUGAACAUGUUACUGACAGUUAUUUUUGUGUUAUGCUUAGCCGAUUUUUGAUAAUGCUGGAAAACCAUUUUAUGAACAGGUAAGGAUUUAUUUUGAUAAGUGGCAGUUUUGAAGAAUUCUGCUUUCACGAAAUAUUAAUCUAUAUUUCUCUUGGAGGUCAAACAUUUAAUAAACUUGCAAUUGAAAUAUGGAAUACAUUUCAAGCUCAUAGUCUUGCCAGUUAAACAAACCCUAAACGAUAGUUUUGCAACCGUCACUGGCUUCAGUUAAACGUGAAAACAUGUGCAACUUUCUUUCUCGUUAGAAGCGCUUAAAAUUCUGAUGAUCGACCUGGAACUUAACUGACCAUUUAACAUGCAUCUCCGUAAAUGUCAUCCAUUGCCGCAUAACUCGUACACUUAUGCAGAAAGACCUAGGUUAAUAAGACAUAACAGAGAGAACACUAGGCAAAAUCUUUGGUCUAAAUGUUAAAAGAAAUUGCCAAAACGCAAUCGAACCUGUCGCGAGAAAUUUUCAUCUUCGGAAUCAUGUCAUGUUGUUUGAAGUGUUUAGAGCAUAACGGUGCUUAUAGAGUAUUUUCACAUGACGUCACGGCGGCCAUGUUGGUGUCUUAAAGCAAUCCUGUAGGAAUUGAACUCUUUUCUUAUGUAAACACUCUUUUGUUCCAAUAAAUUUGCAUAGAUGCUGGCCACGUGAGUGAAAACGCUCCAUAUUUGGAAUUCAAGUGAUACGAAAAACGUUUUUAAAUUAUAGCGAAUAGCAUGACAUGGCCCCCUUUACGAAUCUGUGGUUGCACCCAACGUGUUUCUGUCUUCCAAGCCUCUUUUAUUUUCCUCUGUCUCUUUCUCUUCCCUCCUUCUUUCCUUCACUCCUUUGUUCACAGUUUUCGUCUUUUCUUUAGCCUGCAAGCAUGUGGGAUCAAUUGAAUAAUGUGGGGCUCAGGUAAGCACAUUCAUAUGUUUAAGGAAUAGUCUGUUACAGGGAUUGUUUUAUUUACACGUUUCAAUACUUUCUUGACUCUCUGAAUUCAGUGGCCACCUAUGGUUUCACGUGAGACUUGAUUGAAUUGCACCACGGGAUUGUUUUUAUUUGCGAGGUUGCAGAGGACCCUGGGUCAAAAUUAGUCCGCCAAAACAGUCCCAUGACGCACUUUGACAUUACAACUCGGACCCAGCCUUUUGCGAAAACUUGCUCAAAAUGGCUAACUCCUCCGAAAUGACUUGUGCCCCAUUCACACCGAAACUUCUUUAUAUAGAGAUUCGUUAUAUCGAGGUUUCACUAUAUCCUCCUUUGAGACUGUUCAUGAGAUAAGUUUGAAUGCUCUUCAAAACUGGUGUCCUGUAUUACCACUGUUCAAUCGGCUAAAGAAGACCAAGGGAUUUGGUGACCUAAUAAAAUUAGUCUUCGCCCUGGGUUCUUUACUUAAGCAAUAGAUUACACCUUCUAUGGGUUUACUGGCGUGAUAAGCCACGUGGAAUGUUGGGAGAACACUCGAAAAGUGUUCGAACACUCGAAAAUCACGAACCGAGGCGAGUGAUUUACAAGCUUUUCGAGUGUUCUCCCAACAUCCCAAGUGGGUUAUCACGCUUGUAAACCCACAGAAAGUGUGGUCUAUUGCUUUUAUAAAAUAACUUUAGGUAAACUAUGAGUUUACCGGCGCAAUAAACCAUAGGUUUUUAACCAAUCAGAACGUGCGUACUAUCGUAGUUAUUUUAUAAAAAGAUAUAAACAAAUGGUAGAGCGAUUUUUGUUUGACCUUGAGAUGAAAACACGCGAACAAAACUGAAACAACAAACGAAAGGAAAUAGAGCGAUUUGAUUGGUUUAUCGACCGGAUACAAACGCGCGUGGCUUUUGAUUGGUUAAGCGAACUCUCGGGUGAAAAAAUUUCAUGCCCUAGAACUUUCUAGAAAUCAAUCGAUACUUCAGUUUGACCUCAUACUGCAACACGAUUGGCCAAUCGAACAAUGUCUUCUCCAUAUUAAAAUUUUAUUUGGCGGGAAAACGAAGAGUCCAUGUUUUGAUCUUUUCAUCCAUUGGCUGAUAAAACAAAUAACGGACACUUACCAAAACCAUUUUUCAAGGUCAUGCAAAAAUCGCUCUAUCCUUUGUGUCCCUUUUCUCCCUCUAGGUCUAAUUACAUUGCCGCGUGGCAUGCAGCCAAGAUGAUGGUUCCAGCAAAGCAAGGACUUAUCGUCAACGUUUCGUCGUUCGGAGGACUGAGAUAUCUCUUCAACGUUUCAUAUGGUGUAGGAAAAGCUGCGGUAAGACACACUACAGUGGAACUCGGUCAAUACUAACACCAGAGGGACAUGCCAUAGUGUCCUUACAAUCCGGGUGUCCAUAUUAAGCGAGCUCUCAGAAAAACACCUCACGGGCACAUAUUUUGUCGAUGCAAAGAAUUAAGCAGACAUUUUAACGAAAAAGAGUUGUUUAAUUACUUAACUAUCCUAAAGAACUAUUUCGAUCGUAUGUCAUUGUCUCAGACUAAAAUAACCUUUUAAGUAUUGUUCUUGAAACACGACAUCGUACAAUGGAAUCCAUGACUUUACGUUCUAUUGACGCUUUUUGUUUGCGAGGCUCAGCCAGGCGCACUGAAUAUUAGGCAGACUUUUUGAAAGGUUACUUGCCUGUUUUUUGUAGGUUUUCAUUGGCAAGACAUUUAAGUAUAGACAGUGCGCAGAAGUGAACUGUCCCCUAUCGGGGUUGAUGAUGUAUGAGAGUUUGUGACUCGGGACACAGAAAAGUGUCCGUUGUCCGUAUAAAUCGGUGCGGUUUAUGAGAAAAUAUAUGAGCUUUUUGUCGGGACAAACAAAACUGUCUGUUAUAUACCGGUGUCCCUAAAGCGGGGUUCCACUGUACUUUUUUAUGUGCCUUUUUACUUAAGCACCAAGAAAUUGUUUUUGUCGGUUUGUCGUAUAGGGGGGAUGCAAGAACGGUGGGUGAGCUGUAGUCUUCGGGUGCUUCAUGACUUUUGUAACAAGUGUGGAAAAGACUACUUGAUACUCUCGAGUGCGGGAUAGAUAAUCUGAUGAAAAUGGCAAGCAAUUGAGAGGUUUUUAAAGUUAAAGUUCAACAAUGCUAUGGUCUUCCUGAAUUAAUGCGUUUAAGACACUAUAUGGCAAAGCUAACAUGGUACAACUUUAGCCUACAGAUUUAAAUUGAAUUCAGUUCUAUUAAAACUCAAGGGAACUAUAUUUGCGGUAGUUUUUUUUUUCUUUUUUUUCCUGGGAGUUUGUGUUUGCGGCAAUCAAUUGAGAACCUUUCAAGAAACUCGCCAGAAUUUCCAAGCGAUAUGUCUUGACUUCUGCCGCUUAAUCGCAUGUUGUUCUGAAUUAUGAUUUAAAUAUUGGGUCCUAUUUUAGGGUCACCUUGAAUGCAUCAAUAUUAGGUAUUAAAGCGUUGUUAUCUUACAUAGAAUGAUCGAAUGGCUGCGGACAUGGCUGUGGAGCUGAAGAAACAGAAUGUUGCCUGCGUGUCACUUUGGCCUGGAGCUGUGAUGACUGAACAUGUCAAUGACUUUUUAAGCCAACCACAAGAUGAGAUUGUAAUUUUUUUUUAUAUUUAUAUUUCUUACCCCCGAAAAGAAGCGUUUUAUCAGGUCUGAGGCACGAUUCGUAGUCAAGUGUGUUUAGUUGUACUAAAACAAAAACUUCAAUGUUAUUUGGACGCCUUUACAAAUUUUUUUCUAGAUCUGUUUAUCGACCGCAAUUGUCAACGAAGAAAGCUAAGGUGUAUAGAAAAUAGCCGUUUACACGAUUUAGGAACAGAUACUCAUCAAGUAAAACUUCCGCCUUGCUUGUGUAAAGGCAACUUUUAUAAGUUUCUGUAAAUUUUAAAGUGGAAUUGCCGUCAUUGACUUACCACGUAUUUUCGGAUGAAGUAACUCGAAAUAUUACCAAGACUAUUGUUAUUUUCCAAAAUUCUUGAAGAUGAUCGUUAUGAUUUGUUAUUGAUUACACAAGCACGAUGAAAUAUUCGGUUCAGUUCUGUUUUCUUUAAAUUAGUCUACUUGUUGUUUUGUUACUUUAAAGUCCAGCAAGGCAGCUGCAGUUUUCAAAGAUGCUGAGGAUCCAACAUUUUCAGGCAAGGCCGUGGCUUGGUUGGCUUCAGGUAUCAUUACAGUCGAUUUGUUAAACCCUCUAAUCCCCGAUAUCAACAUAGAAAUUCUUCAGACUGAUCACCAUGCAUUUCCAUAAAAAAAUUAGUUCAGAAAAUCUGUUAAAAGAUCAAAGCGUUUUCUCUUUAGUGAUUGUUGUGUUAAAUGUCAAAAUCUUUUCUCUUAAUGACGUAUGGAUAGUUUGUGUUAAGAGAAAAUUGAGGUUAGUCACUCUUUUGGACUGGAGGGGUCAAAGAAAUAUCGCCACCCUCCUUCAAUCUUUAAUUCGUGGAGUAUUUGUUUAUUAAUAUUCAUUUAUAUAUUUAUUUAUUUAUUGUCGGAGACUAAACACAGACCUCCACGCUGUCGCCUUAUCUGUCCACGAGUUAUGAAGGCUUUGCACUUUGUAUUGCAAAAUCAAAUACUCCUGGGAAGUCUCGAAAAGCUAAUACAUCAUAAAAAUCUUAAAGCAAAUAUGAUAUAUUCUGUGACUGAUUUCUGUGAGUUUUAACGACCAGUCGGAAUGCCAUUUUGAACAACAGUCAGUGGCAAUUUUUCUCUUUUAACAUGACACAUUUAAUCUAACCUGUGCUUCAAUACAGCCGCUCUAAAUACAGGCUAUAUCUAACGGACGGACCAUUAAAAAACUUAGCGGGAGGGGGGCAAAGUACGAAAAAUUAUUCGUGCUGGGGAAACACCAUGCCCCAAUCGUUUCUGUUAGGGAAAAUUACAUGAAAUAAAUCAUGCACCCCAAGAAACACUAAAAAAUAUUCAUGCACUGACCUAAAAAAAUUCGUACAAAAAAUUCAUGCGGCUCGAAUGAUUCCCCACCCCUCCCCUUAUAACUUUACUAAUGGUCCGUCCCUAACAUUUGAAAGCUGCUCACUGGCUUGACAGUUGUGACGUUAAUCGAAGCUUUUUGUUAGGGAAUAAUUGAAAACUUGGCUUUUUGAAACUGAGAAGCGGCUGCUUAUUCAUGAUUUUUUUUAAGAUCUAGGAGUAUGGUGCUAUUUAAGUCAGUUUUUAAAGUUUCCAAAAGCCGUAGCCAUGUUGUGAAUUACUCUUUUAAAUUCAUUUUACCAUGCAAUUAUAUAUAUAUAUAUAUUUUUUUUCAGCCCAUGAAAGCCAAUCGCUUAUCGAAUGUUACGGGUUUUGGGGGUAGCUUGGAAAUUUUGAGCCCAGUGUAGUAGAAACAGCGGCAAAGUGAGUUUAGACUAGUCACCAGUCUUCUGGUCAGUCUCGCUCACACCCUAUACUCUACUGUUUAAUGCUAGUCCAGUUUUCUAUUCCCUUUUCAUAUUUAAUGAUUGAUUCCGAUGAUCAGUUUUUGAUAUUUCCACAACGUUAGAUCCGAACAUCAUGAAGAAGAGCGGGCGCAUUCUGUUAACAGCUGAGUUGGGGCGUGAAUACGGCUUCAAAGACGUCGGAGGUGAGUUAAUAGGGAGUUUUAGGGCCUGUUUACUUGGAGUUAAGGGACCCCAGAUAGGUGAGGUAACCCGCCAGUCCUUAUAAACUUUCAUAUGAUCACCCCACCUAUCAUGUAAAAGUGAUCAAACUAAAAUGAGACAUUAUGUUGUCAGGCGGGUUACCCCACCAACAACAACUCUACACUUGUUGUUCAAAACUUUUUUUGUUCAAUUUUGCCGUCACAGCGCGCCAACAGCGACCUGAGAAUGCCUAGUUUUACGUUUGACAGAGGACUUGAAAAAGCGAUUACGAUUUUUUUUUCUCAUUCUGAACUUGGAUUUGGUUCUGAGGGAAUCAAUUCCAGGAGAGAUUGCUUCAGCUGUCGCUUGCAGUUGACAAAGUGAGCGAGCUGGAAUGAUCGCGAUGAUAGAAAGAACGCGAAUUUACUUUUUAAGCGACGCUCUUUUUCAUUGCACUUUUCUGUUUGUAAACAGCAAAUAUGGCAGUGGAGUCCGUCCAGAUCGAUCGCUCAUGAAAAAUUGUUAGUCCCUCUGCGAUACUCUAGCAUACAUUAAUCAAAAUCCAUUUAUUCUUUUAGGAGUCCAGCCAUUGUCAUAUCGACAAGUCAAGAAGCUUGUCUCAUAUCAAUAUCCUUCCGUGUCGUGGAUGAUCCCUGAGUUUGUUUAUGUUCCCGGCUGGUUAAUGGCAGUAAGCAGUCAUAAGUUUUGAUGGCAUUUAUAUGUGAGAUAUCCAGCUGUCUGUCAGUGGAUGAAAGAAGUUUGUGACCACUGUUUAAAUUCAGGCGCAUUGUUGAUUAGAGACGUAAUUUCCUGAUUUUUGGUGAAUUCGCUGUAGAAUCACAAGCUUUUUUGUACCUAAUAAUCCAGAAACUUCAAUCCAAAAAUGUAGUUUUUCUUAUAGCGGGUGAACUGGAAUAUUGGCAAUUUCUGGGUUGCCUUAAGCCUGUUUCUCAGCGAGACUAUGUGCAAAGCCACUGAUAUAAAAGGACUUUUUAUUCUCAUGCAAAUAAAACUCAUUUUCACGUGAAAGGUUUUGCACUUAGCCUCGUUUUGAAAGUAAAAGUUUUUGGAACUCGGAAAUGGCUUGGGUAGAUGGAUAAUUACCCAAUGGCCGUUUUUAUUCUAAGGACGCAUUAUCCGUCUGGACGAACUUGGGCAAACAUUUUGUAGUUCGUCUAGGUUAUGCGUCUCUGGUUUAAAGACGGGCACAAGACGCAUUAUGCGUCCAGACGAACUACCUUUCAUAGUUAGUCGUCGUUCAAGACGUAUUUCGAAGGAAAGUUCGUCCAGACGCAUAACCAGACGAACUACAAAUGUUUGCCCAAGUUCGUCCAGGUCGGAUAAUGCGUUCUUAGUAUAAAAACGGCCAAAGGCGCGUUACAUUAGGUGUUAAAAGAAAAAAACCUCAUUGAAGUGAUGGUUAAAAUACUAAAAGGAAUGUUGAAAAGUAUUGCAUUAAGUUACUCUUAGUUUUAACAUAUUUAAUAUGUUAUCACAGUUUUUAAUAUACUUUUGAAGAGUGUAUACUGCCUUUUACAGCCAACGCUUAUCGGCGGAUUCAGAUCUUUAUGUAAGUUAGGGGAAUGAGGUCCCCCGGGCCGCUCUCUUCUAUAUCAGCCGUUGACGCCAGCUGGAAUGCACAAAGACGAAGGUUUUAGGAACUGGAUAAUAUUUCCUCAGAUAAGAUACAACGCUUGAGUAAGUGCUCUUGACCGAAUGCUUUUCCUUUUCCCUCGGCCGCUGGUUAUUGGGAAUGGAUAAUCUUUGCGUUUAAAAUUUGUCAGUCGUGUUUUGUACGUGGCGGAACGGUAGUACACAGGAAAUCAAAUGUAUAUUAGCAUUAAUGAGAAAAAAAUAAAUGUAUUUUCUUGGAUGUGGAGAGUUUAAGAUAGCUAAUAUAAAAGUGAAACAAUUUAUUGUAGAUAGCUAUUAAGCGACAUAUAGAUUUGUGAAUUAAACGUGCUUGAUUUACUUGG